AUGUCCUUCGGUAUCACGUUUGGCUCGAUAGGAGACCUCAUCGCGGUCGGGGAGAUCGCAUGGAGGCUUGGGAAAUCGUUGAGCGAGAGUCGCGGAUCUGCGAAGGAGUAUCAGGCUCUGGCGAAGGAGCUACACACGUUUGAUAAGGCUCUUCUUCAAGUAGUCGCGCUUUGGCAGAAUUACGCAUCAUGUCCCGAAUUGGAGGAGCUGGGCACGAUAACGCGUGACGCGGCGAAAGAUUGGCGUGAUGUCCUACUUGAAUUCCAACUCAAAGUUGACAAGAAAUAUGGAACGAACUUAUGCGUGGGUGGAUCUGGGAAUUGGAGGAAGGAUGCGAUGAAGAAGUUCAUGUGGGUGAAAGAAAAGGAGGACAUAGCGGAGCUACGGAGGAACCUACACGCUGGUAGCGAGACAAUCACGAUGUUAGUAAUUACGGCAAUGAGCAAAUCGAACAAGUUGGACAACACUUUACAGGCUAUCCGAGUUCAGGCGGUCAAUUCUUUGCUACAGGAUUCGCUCAAGAGAGCUGACGAACAAAUCACUCGGCUCAAAGCACUAGACGAAAAAAUGGAGGCACAAAACAAGACAACAGACAUCAUAUUGAGCCAUGUGAAAGGCGGAGCUGGAGUGCUAACACAGAUCCGAGCUACUGUCAUAGAUAUUCGAGGGCUCCUGCUACUUUUCCAGAGUCAGGUAUUCUUAGUGCAGUCUUCUCCCAGAGGUCUUGGAACACAUUGGCAGCAAGCGCCUGUUACUCUGGAAGAUGCGCUGGGAAAUGUGAUACCGAUACCUCUAGAACUGAUUAACUCAUGGGACAUGUUUGAAACGAUACUCGUUAAACGUUUCGAGCACCUACCUGGCAAGGACAAAGUCGUUCGCAAGGAAUAUGCCAUAGAAGAGAGCAGAAGUGGAAGAGAGCUUGCUAGAAACAGGGAAUGGUCCAUGUGCUUUCGGGCUGGGCAGAAGGUUGAUAUGAGUAUGGUCUUCAAGCAAAAGCAGCCAGCAACCACCUGCCCAGGAUGCCAAGCAGAAACUCAAGCUGCGGACACCGCGAUUAUCCAGUGUGACGAAUGUGGAAUGUUGUUCCGUCGCGUCGAGGAGACUAUCGAAGAUAGCCCUGUCAUCACAGAAGCUCCUCCGCAGUCUACUGAACGUAGACUUGCGAAAGAAGUCGAGGAUAAGGUGAGCGACUUCAGGCGUGUACGGCUCCUGUAUCAACAAUGGCGGAAGAGGCAGCCGGCGGGACAAUCUGAAGUCGAAAAUCCCGACUCCACUGACUUCAACCUUGUACCGGUAGAGGAAGAAGAACGGGGCCGGAGCCCUAUCAUCCUCGAUGCUGGACCACGCGAUGAAAGCACUUUCAUAGAGAAAGGGAGAGAAGUUUAUGAAACUUCUGACCCCAUUCCUGUUGGUCCUCUAGCCUUAGCAUUACCUCCCAAGCGUUACAGAGCAAAGGACGAGCGUGCUAUCCGGGCUGAGAUCAAAUCUCUCGAAGCCGAGAAGGAAGCUCUUCGAGCUGAAUGGCGUGCCGAAAAGGAGAUGCGUAAAGCAGACCGAAUCCGUUGGGAAGGCCGUGCAUCUGAGGGCGAUCUUGUUCUCUAUGAGCGUGACCGCUUUGAGACAGGCACCGAAGAAAUUAAGGUUGUCAGAAGGGAGAGAAUUGAGGAGCCUGAAGGAGGAGUCAGGAUUGAGAAGGACAGGAAAGGUAGGAUUACCAUCAGCGUACCGAAAUACUAUCGCUAG